AUGGUCCAUUUCACCGUCCUGGCCCUCUUGGCCCUGCCCUUCGUGAAUGCCAUCCCUGCCCCGGCGCCUGUCCCAACUCCCCCGGGAAUCCCAUCGACAACCACGGCUGAGAAUGAAUUGGCUGGAUUAACAGUCGCUGCGCAGGGCCCGCAGGAUGGCUAUGACCGGGAUAAGUUUCCCCAUUGGAUCAGCCAGGGCCAUUCAUGUGAUACGCGUGAGGUCGUGCUUGCUCGCGAUGGCGAGAAUGUCGAGAAGAACGAUUCUUGCUCUCCCACUAGUGGGACAUGGUUGUCGCCGUACGAUGGAAAGACUUGGACGGAUAAAAGCGAUCUAGACAUCGACCAUGUUGUUCCGCUUUCCAAUGCCUGGAAGAGCGGAGCGGCAGACUGGACCACGGACCAACGUCAAGCGUUUGCCAAUGACUUGACGAAUCCACAACUAAUUGCAGUGACAGGCACUGUUAACCGCCAGAAGAGUGAUGACGGGCCGGAGGAGUGGAAGCCUCCUCUGACUUCGUAUUAUUGCACCUAUGCAAAGAUGUGGGUCCGAGUCAAGUCGGUGUAUAACUUGACUAUUACCCAGGAUGAGAAGGGUGCUCUUGUUGAUAUGCUUGACUCGUGUUAG